UAUUUCAAUGUUGUUCGGGAAAACAAGUCGAUCGUUGUAAUUAAUUGUCAGUGUUUUCGUGUUGUCAACGAGGUCGCACGAAAAUUAGUCCAUCACUUAAGAUCUAAGUUUACCUUAAACGUUGUGUUGCAAUGUUACACGUCAGUUAACAAAGAUUGUCGUUCGUUUCUUUGGUAUGUGCCAUUAAAUCGUAGUUUCCUGUUGUAAAAUUAGACGAAAAAUGCUCCUAUUCGUGCAAACUCCAGUUUCUUCCGCGCAUAAAAUUUCUUAAAUCGUAAUUUUGAACAAUUAGCAAUCCGAUAAAUCGAAUGUCGAACGGAUAAUUUAAAUGUCGAACUCUUUUGUUAAAUAAUCCAGUUCUUUGUUGCAAAAUAAAACGAUAUGCUCUGAUUUUAGCAAAUUUUAAGUGCCUUACAUAUACAAGAGAAUUGAUUAAAGUUGAGUCAUAAUUAUGAAUAAUUAUGAAUAAGAAUACAUUAGAUAGGUGCCGAUCGUUUGAUUGUAACUGAAUUCUUUCGUCAAGCAACACAGUUUACAUUUAGAUUAAGCGCAAGCACGAGAACAUGAUACUAUUUAAUAAUACGUAUUCGCAAGGGCGUCUCUAUCAGCGUCAGCUUGCAAUCGAAGCACCGAUCGAAUAUCGAAAUUGGAGUCUUGCGCACGGUAGCAUCCGCUUGUUGCAGAGCGUGGAUGUAUUAACAUGUGCUUUGUGUUUCUUCGUGUGCACAGAAUCGUGCGGUGCAUUAUCAGCGUGUGAUUGAAUCCUUCGCGAUUCAGCAAAAUGUGCAGCUGCUUCAUUACAACGCGUCUGCAAUAAUGUGAAAGUUUUUUUUGUAUUUCGAGGAGAAUUACGUUCGACGAGAGUAAUAAAAGUAGAAGCGGGAACAAUCGUGAAACAAAAAAUCGAAUUUUGUAUUUCCGGAAGUUAUAGUGCGUAUUUAAAAUCAUAGAAUUCGACGGAAUUUUUCGAGUGAAAAUGUUACGAAAGUUUAAGGAUGCGUGGAAAUAUAAUGUGUUAAUCGAGACACCCGAUUUUGGGGAUGGCGAUGACGACACCGACUACGAAGGCACCACGCACUUGGUGCGGGUUCCGCGCACGACGGAAGCGCGGCAGGAGACCAGCACAAUCAGAAUCGAUAUUCAGGGGAUGACCUGUCAGAGUUGCGUGAGGAACAUCGAGGGGAUGAUCGGCGAGCGGCCCGACGUCGUCAGCAUCCGCGUGGUUCUGGAAGAGAAGGCCGGUUACAUCGAGUACAAGACGCACGAAACGACGCCGCAGGAAUUGGCGGAGGCGAUCGAGGACAUGGGGUUCACCGCCAGCCUGCCGAUGUCCUGCGACGUCGAAAAUGAAGCCGCUGCACCUACCAUCAGCACCUGCAGCAUACACGUGGACGGAAUGACCUGUUCGUCGUGCGUGAAGAACAUCACCGGUGUUCUCUCCGGAAAGCCCGAUAUAAAGGAUGUAAACGUUAGUUUGGAGGAUAAAGAAGCCAAAGUUUCUUAUAGCAGCGGCGACGUAACGGCGAAUCAAAUAGCGAUGUACGUAGAAGACAUGGGCUUCACCGCAUACGUGAAAGAAGUGAACGGCAAAGCUGUGAAGUCGGAAUCGGACGGCGUUAUCAAUGAAAGCAAUAAGAAGGCGGAACUGGCGCUGCAAGUGAAUGGUGCUGGUGAUGUCAAAGGCCAAUUAUUAAAGUGCUUCCUGCAUAUAACCGGUAUGACUUGCGCUUCCUGUGUCACUGCAAUAGAGAAGCACUGCAAAAAAUUGUACGGGGUAAACAACAUACUGGUAGCAUUGAUGGCCGCCAAGGCGGAGGUCACGUAUGACCCCAACAAGAUAAGAGCAGUGGAUAUCGCUUCCAGUAUAUCAGAAUUGGGCUUUCCUACAACUUUAAUAGAGGAGCCCGGAACUGGAGAAGGAGAGGUCGAAUUAAAAAUUAUGGGUAUGACGUGUGCGUCAUGCGUGAAUAAAAUAGAGUCGACGGUGAAAAAGUUACCGGGUAUACGAUCGGCGGUGGUAGCUUUGGCAACGCAGCGGGGAAAAUUUAAAUAUGACGUGGAAAAAACCGGUGUUAGAGAUAUCAUUGAGGCCAUUAAUAAAUUAGGUUUUACAGCCAGUUUGUUUAGCAAUCGAGAUAAGGAAAAUAGAGAUUACUUAGAUCAAAAAGAAGAGAUAAGGAAAUGGCGAACCACGUUCUUGGUAUCGCUGAUUUUCGGAGUCCCAUGUAUGAUUGCUAUGACAUAUUUCAUGACAGUUAUGUCAUUUGGCAACAAGACACACGAGGAAAUGUGUUGCAUAGUGCCUGGUCUUUCAUGGGAAAAUCUGAUUCUCUUCGUGUUUUCCACACCGGUUCAGUUCUUCGGCGGCUGGCAUUUCUACGUGCAAGCUUACAAAAUCCUGAAACACGGCACGACCAACAUGGACGUGCUAAUUUCAAUGACUACGACGAUCUCAUAUCUCUACUCCCUCGCCAUUCUUGCUGCCGCUAUGAUAAUGCAACAGAACGUCAGUCCACAGACGUUUUUCGAUACCCCGCCGAUGCUUCUGGUUUUUAUCAGUCUUGGAAGAUGGCUUGAACACGUGGCAAAGGGAAAGACGUCCGAAGCUCUCUCGAAACUGUUAUCCUUGAAAGCCACGGAUGCAGUGUUAGUUUCGUUAGGUCCCAACAACGAAAUACUGAAGGAGCGCUUGAUAAGCAUAGAUCUGGUGCAACGCGGCGACGUGUUGAAGGUGGUGCAGGGUGCCAAAGUGCCCGUUGACGGCCGCGUGCUGUCUGGUCAAUCAACUUGCGACGAGAGUCUCAUCACCGGCGAGAGCAUGCCGGUGACGAAGAAGAAGGGAUCAGUGGUGAUCGGCGGCUCUAUUAAUCAGAACGGACCGCUGCUGGUCGUCGCCACGCACACGGGCGAGCACACGACACUCGCGCAAAUCGUGCGUCUAGUGGAAGAAGCGCAAACGAACAAAGCACCAAUCCAACAACUGGCCGACAAGAUAGCCGGCUUCUUCAUACCGCUGGUCAUAGCGGUCUCCACGGUGACGCUGAUAGUCUGGAUCAUCGUCGGCUACAUGAACAUCGAACAGCUGCCCAUAUCGCACGGCGAUCAGAUCGACAAGCACGGCAUGAACCGCGAGGAGAUCAUAUUUCAGUAUGCCUUCCGGAGCGCUCUGUCGGUACUUGCGAUCGCGUGUCCCUGCGCGCUCGGUUUGGCAACGCCGACCGCGGUUAUGGUCGGCACCGGAGUGGGCGCGCUAAACGGUAUCCUCAUCAAGGGCGCCGAGCCACUGGAGAACACGCACAAAGUCAAAUGCGUCGUCUUCGACAAGACGGGAACGUUGACGCACGGUGUGCCGAUUGUCACGAAAAUCGGCCUGUUUGUGGGCGAGAAGGUUUGCUCGCUGGCGAAGUUGUUGCUGGUCGUCGGCACGGCGGAAAUAAAUAGCGAACAUCCCAUUGCGUCGGCGAUCGUGAACUACGUGAAAGAUACGAUCGGAACGGGAGCCACCGGGCAGUGCACGAACUUCCAGGCAGUCGCCGGCUGUGGCCUCAAGUGUAAGGUGUCCCAUCUAGACGCCGCUCUGUCCGACGCGCUCAAGUCCGAGAAGAUUGUCAAUUACAUGAAUCAAACGAGCAAUGCGUCGGCCGGCACUUACAAUCUCAACAAUGUGCCUAUCGAUAACGUGCCGAUCGCCGAGAUGCCGACGCAGGAGCGGCAAAGCUUAGAUCUGCAAUUACUAUUAAGUCCCGACUCGCAGGGUGAUCGGAAUGCUUCCAGCGACGUAUACGAGGUCUGCAUCGGCAAUCGCGAAUGGAUGCGCCGGAACGCGAUCAAUAUCCCACCGGAGGUGGACGCGCGGAUGAUCAGCGAGGAAAAUUUGGGACACACUGCCGUCCUGGCCGCUGUGAAUAACGUUCUAGUCGCUAUGAUCAGCGUCGCCGACACCGUAAAGCCCGAGGCGCAUCUCGCAGUCUACACUCUGAAGAAGAUGGGGCUGCAAGUGAUCCUUUUAACGGGCGAUAAUAGGAAAACUGCAGCUUCAAUCGCCAGACAGGUCGGCAUCACCCGAGUUUUCGCGGAGGUGUUGCCAUCUCAUAAGGUGGCGAAAAUUCAGCGAUUGCAAGACCAAGGUUUGAGGGUUGCCAUGGUGGGAGAUGGUGUCAAUGACAGUCCGGCUUUGGCUCAGGCGGAUGUCGGUAUCGCCAUCGCAUCUGGCACUGACGUCGCAGUGGAGGCUGCUGACGUGGUUCUUAUGCGCAAUGAUCUGUUGGAUGUAAUCGCAUGCUUAGAUCUAUCGAGGAAAACAGUUCGCAGGAUAAGACUGAACUUCUUAUUCGCUAGUGUUUACAAUCUUCUUAGUAUUCCGAUAGCUGCUGGAAUAUUCAGCUCUUACGGCUUCUUCCUGCAGCCAUGGAUGUCUUCCGCCGCUAUGGCUUUAAGUUCAGUAUCUGUGGUUGGAAGUUCUUUAUUAUUGAAGCUUUAUCGUAAACCGAUCAAAGCUACAUUGGAAACUCCGGAAUACCUAGCAGCUAUGCACGCUCACUCCACAGCGCGAAUGAUCGACUUGGACACUAUAUCGCUCCACCGUGGAUUGGACGAUUCUGUCGUACCAGUCAUGAACAGGUCAACGUCCACAUUGUCCAGAAUAUUUGGAAAGUCGAAACUCGAUGUGGAGGGCCAUCUUCUUGGCGAGGAGGUAGAUGAGAUAGAUUUAGCUGUGGAUUUUUCAAAUUAUCGUAAAAAUGCGAACGUUGUAGAUAUAACUCCAGUGUGAAUCAUAAAAAAUUAUAUCUGACAAACAUUUCUUUUCUGUUAGCUUAUAAUUUGUGAUAAAUUAAUAAAACGUUAUCUAUAUUUUUAGUACUGUAUCUCUCAAUAAGAUUAACGGAAGAAAUUGUAAAUAAUUUUAUUGUAAGACUCGUAACAUAAUUGUUACCCAUCACAUUGAAGAUAUGCUGCAUGCUGCAGAAGUAAUGCCAAUAAUCCGUGUAAAACUCUGUUGCCUUUGAUUAUUUUCAAUACAUUUUUAAACAGAUUU